AUGAUAGGAUCCAAGCUAUUUCCAUGGAAAUCAAACGAUUGGAAAUCUAAACUACUUCCAUGGGAAUCGUCAUAUAUGGAUUCCAAGAGUCAUCGUCAUAACCAGGAUAAGAAUUCCAUCAAAAAUAAUAACAAUAAAAAUAAAAAUAACAAUAAUAAUGCCAAUAAUACCAGUAAUAAUAAUUACAACCUUGGGAAAUCAAAAAGACACUCCUUGGACUCUCUUAAACACGGCAUCACUUCGAGGAUAAUCAGAAGAUCAGGGUCCUCGGAAAGAACCAGGGAGGUGAUCACCAGAGCAGACCUUCUAGCCCACAGUCCCCGCCAUUGGAGUACGACACCUAAACUGAGAUCCCCAACCUUCGAAGAUCUUAAUGACGACGAGCAUCAAGUGGUGAGUUACCAACCGGAACCGGAUAAUGAAGAAGAACCCGACAACUUGAGCCGAUGGGACAGUAGGGACACAGGACGGUUGAAGCUACGGUUGGUGGUUGAUUCAAGUAUCCCUAUUCUUUGA